AUGGCGACCGCUUUCCGACCGCAAGGCCCUACGCCGGCUUCCCACGGCUCGCGCACCCUCACUAUCACCCCUACUCCGGCUCCGCCGUCCGCAGGAGGCGACGAUGCUUCCUCCGCGACGCCAUCAGGUUCCGGCUCGGCUGAAGGAGGCUCGGGAGAAGCCGGUGUGUUGAGGUUGCGGGGACGGGCGAUGCCAGGUCAGCGGGUACAGUGGACGGAGGAGACGGUCGAUAACGAGGGACUCAACCGGAAGAAGAGCAAGAUCUGCUGCAUCUACCACAAGCCCAAGGCGUUCGACGAGUCUUCGGACGAAUCAAGCGGCGACGACUCGGACUCUUCGGCUGGCUCGCAGGACAGCCGCGAUGGGCGCGCAGCAGCAAGACGAGCACGGCGCCACGAACAUCGUCAUCAUCACGAGCACGGCGAACACUGCUCUCACGGAGGUCAAGGCAGCGGCCAAGCCAACGGAGGAGAAUCGAGCCAGAUUGAAGUCGAGGACCGACCCGAGCCUAACGCAUACGAGCGCUCAGGCGGAGGCGGGAAGGGCAAAGGCAAAGCACCUUGA